GUAUGGUUUACGCAUCCAUGCUAUGCUUCCUUCGUUAGACCACAGGGUAGCUGGCGUCCAUCAGGAUGCCGCACUCGCCCUGCACGCAAGCAAACACACGCCACGCCCACAUCAAGGAAAUGGACUCACGUGUGCUUUGUGGUGUGGGUUAGGUAUGGUGUUGUGAUUGACCCCUGCGUCUGCGCUGCGUACCUCUUUGCCCCUGUGUCUGGCCAUUCUGAUGUAGCCGUCAUCGCCCCAUGAUGGACCCCAGCUGAAGCAACACACAGACAACACAGACAGCCACAGACAUAUGCAAGUAUGAGCAGUGUGUGUGUAUGCGUCUUGUCCAUCAAUCUUGUCCAGUCCAGUCCCCACGCACCUGUUCUUGACGAUCCAGUAGUCCUGCCCCUGCUCGUCAGUGCCGUAGCCCACCACCAGCACGCCGUGGUCGAGCUGGUCGCCGCAGGACGCGUCAAACACACCUGAGAUACACACAUGGGCACACAGAUGGGUGGACGAAUGGGUGGGCGGAUGGAUGCCCGUGUGUGUGUGUGGCAGGUACGUACCUGAUUGGUAGAACUGGAAGGGGAGCUGGUCGGCUUCGAUGGCGACGCUGACGGGCCCGUUGGUCGCCACGGCAGCCAUCAGUGCGGCUUCGUUGUCCAUUGGCACGUUCUGCACACACACACACACACGCAACAUGACCUUGCUGUGUCAUUGUGUGGUGUGGUGUAGUGUGGUGUGGUGUGUUGGCUGACUCACCUUGAAGCCCUUGAUGGUAGCUUGUGGUUUGCAGCUGUCUGCCUUGCACUUGUCGUCAGUAGCCUCGUAUGGAUACUCCAUCUCAGAACACAACCCUACACACACACACACACACACACACAAGCGUCCAUCACGAGCACUCUCCGCCCGUGGAUAUCGACAACAGUACCUUUGUUAUCGAUGACGUACUGGAAGGCCUGGUCCAUCUCGCCGCCCGAGCAGCCCUGGUUGCCCUCGAUGCCCGCGCAGUCCACCAGCUGCUGCUCACUGAGGUCGGGCAGACGGCCUGUCUUGGCACACGUCGCACCCUCAAUCGCACCCGUGGUCGAGAAGGCCCAGCAAGAACCGCUGACACAUACAGACAGACAGAAGAGCAUUGGCUGUGGCUGUGCGGUUAACGAGACGUUGAGAGCCUUCGUCUCCCUCUGUGUGUGUGUGUGUAUGUGUGUACCAUUGCGCCUGGUUCUUGACUUCGGUGACGCAUCCCUUCGCCCGCCAGUCGACGUCCUUGGGCAGCGUCGACGGGUGCACGCCCAGCAGGUGCGUCGCAUCCUGACACAAGUGACGAUGAUAUUUCCAGGAUACACAUACUUAGAGCAUAUGUAUGGUUUGUGUGCUCACUGAGACUCACUCACCGUCUUCGUGACGUUGGUUCUCCUGUACCCCACAAACUGCGCCUUGAACUCCUCGUGUGUCAUGUCGGCGAACUGGUUGGCUGCCAACGUGUACCUGAAACCUGAAAGCACCACAAGACACACACACUUCACUCGGUCGGUCGGUGUCUUGCCUGCCACGGCUCACUACCCUCCCUCUUUGUACCCUGUUGGUUGUGGGCGUGAAUGAAGGCCAGGUUCUUCUUGAAAAUGUCGAAGCGGAUCUGCCUCUCCUUCUCGUUGGCGUACACCUUCCCGUGCUCCGUCACGAAGGUGACGAACGCAUCGGAGAACUGCCUCUCGGUGAAGAAGUGCCGCGACGGCCUCUCGUAGAGCUCAGUGUUGAUGAGCGACUCCUGUGCAGGUGGUGCAGAGGGGUAGAAGAAAAAGGCCAGACAGCUGACGGCUGUGAGAGCGGCGAGGGCGGGGAUGAGGGCCUUGCGGACGAGGGCGAGGGUGUGCCGACCCCGGCUGUCUUUGCCGGUCAGGAAGGGCACGUAGUGGGUGGUGGAGCCGGGCAGCGUAUCCAUGACGAAUCUUCAGCCACUCACAAUUCCACACAACCGAAGCACAGCAGGUCAAUCAGAUAUCAGACAAGGGCGAGUGCCUCAAACAAAGCUGGUGCUGUCUUCGUUUCUGUCGUUUCUUCUCUCUCCC